GAAAGAAAAGUUUUAGGAUAUAUUUGACUGUUUUUCCCAUAAAAGAAAGUGCAAUGAAUCUAGAGUGAGAAAGUAUAGUGCAAAGAUUUAGGAAUAUCCUCGAUCAAGAGAGAGAGAGAGACAAGGAUUGAAGAAAUUUGGAGGAGAAUUGACCUUCGAGUGUGAAGAAUCAAUGGCUUCAGAGACUGAUAGAAAAGCAGCAACAGAGUCUACUAAGACAAGCACAGUUCCACCAUUGAAGCCCACAUGGGUUCUCCCAUACAGAACUGAAAGACUUCAGCAGCUUUACAGUAUAGGAAAAAAAUUAGGGCAAGGCCAAUUUGGUACCACCCAUUUAUGUACAGAAAAAUCAACUACUACUCUUUAUGCUUGCAAGACUAUACCAAAGAAGAAGUUGAUUUGUAAGGAGGAUUAUGAGGAUGUUUGGAGGGAGAUUCAGAUAAUGCACCAUUUAUCUGAGCACCCAAAUGUUGUCAGGAUAAAGGGUACUUAUGAGGAUACCCUAUAUGUGCACAUAGUUAUGGAGCUUUGUGCUGGUGGAGAGCUUUUUGAUAGGAUCGUUGAGAAGGGGCAUUACAGUGAAAGGGAAGCUGCGAAGCUUAUUAAAACUAUUGUUGGAGUGGUUGAAGGUUGUCAUUCGCUAGGGGUCAUGCAUAGAGACCUCAAACCUGAAAAUUUCUUGUUUCUCAGUUCAGAUGAAGAUGCUGCUCUCAAGGCCACUGAUUUUGGUCUCUCUGUUUUUUACAAGCCAGGUGAAAUGUUUUCCGAUGUGGUUGGAAGUCCUUACUAUGUUGCACCUGAGGUUUUACGCAAGCAUUAUGGACCUGAAUCUGAUGUAUGGAGCGCAGGAGUUAUUUUGUACAUAUUACUUAGUGGUGUUCCACCUUUUUGGGCAGAAACUGAGAUGGGAAUAUUCCGCCAGAUAUUGCAAGCAAAAUUAGACUUUGAAUCUGAACCAUGGCCUGGAAUUUCAGAUAGUGCCAAGGAUUUGAUACGUAAAAUGCUUGACAGGAAUCCAAAGAGGAGGUUAACUGCCCAUGAAGUUUUGUGCCAUCCAUGGAUUGUGGAUGACACAAUAGCCCCUGAUAAACCUCUCGACUCUGCAGUUCUUUCACGCCUCAAGCAAUUUUCUGCAAUGAACAAACUUAAGAAGAUGGCUCUGCGAGUGAUUGCGGAGAGGCUAUCAGAAGAAGAAAUUGGUGGUCUCAAGGAGCUAUUCAAAAUGAUAGAUACAGACAAUAGUGGAACAAUCAGCUUUGAUGAACUAAAAGAGGGUUUAAGACGAGUAGGUUCUGAACUAAUGGAGUCUGAGAUCAAGGAUCUUAUGGAUGCAGCAGACAUUGACAACAGUGGAACAAUAGACUAUGGGGAGUUUCUUGCUGCUACUGUGCACUUAAACAAGUUUGAAAGAGAAGAGAAUCUUGUAUCAGCGUUCUCUUUCUUCGACAAAGAUGGCAGUGGAUACAUAACUAUUGAUGAGCUUCAGCAUGCUUGCAAAGAAUUUGGUCUAAGUGAGCUUAAUCUCGAUGAAAUGAUCAAAGAUAUUGAUCAAGAUAAUGAUGGACAAAUAGAUUAUGGGGAAUUUGCGGCAAUGAUGAGGAAGGGCAAUAGUGGAGGUGUUGGAAGGAGGACCAUGAGAAACACUUUGAAUUUGGGAGAAGCCCUUGGACUUGUAGAGAGUAAAGAAGAAGAUGUAUGACCCAUCACUAAUCAAAAUGUACUCUGCAUCAAACUUUCUAUACUAGUUGCUUUAUGACAUGUAGCUCCCUCCAGCAUAUAAUAUCACCAUUACGAGAUUUAGAUUGCUUUGUCUCACCUUCAUCUCUUCCCAUGUUCUAUUGAUGUCUGCCUUUUUGCCA